UUCUGGUCAACCCUUGAGACCGCAGCGAACCAGCCCAUCUCUUCGAAAGACUUCAAGAGGCAAGCUGAGUUCUUUAGCCCCACACCCUGGCCUGCACAGAAGGAUUGGGGUCCGGGCGCGAAUUUAGGAGAAACACGAACGCUUGAGGAAGAGCCGAAAGACCUUAAGACAGGGAAAAGGGACAUAGAGUCUUGGGGCCCUCUAGAUUUUGCAUCAAGCGAAACCUUCGCUUUUAGAGCCGCGAGUGGGGUGUCCUCUCGGAGGGGGCACGGCAGCCCCUGCCCCUCACCCUGAGCAGCGUCGAGGAAGGGUGUUUUACCAUGGCUGAGGCCACGGAGCCCAAGGAGGUCGCUCCGGAUUCCCAGGGGCAACCCGAAGGUGCGACAGUCGAGGGACCAGGAGAGCCAGGAGCUGCGGACCUGGAGGGGCGGGAAGCGAGCGAGGAAGCUGCAGAGGCACCUAGGGACCUGGGGGCGGGCGUAGAUGCCAGGGCCUCGGGGAAGGAGGAAGGAGGCUGUGGGCAGGACGGGGGAACUGGGGGAGCGCAGGCGCAGGACCCGCGCACCGGCCCUGAGACCGAGACGCCGGGCGCCAGCGGAGCUCCAGGUGAAGCGGAGGCUGCGGAGCGCGACCCCGAGGGCGCGAUCCCGCAGGGAGCCGAGGAGGCGCCAAGCGCCCAGCAGGUGCAGGGGAUGAGCUCUGGGUUAGACUCUCAGGGUGAGGCCCCCGAGGUCCCUGGGGACGCUCGCCGGGAGCCCGAGGACCCCACGGCCUCAGAGGCAGGGGAAGAGGCAGAAUCUGGUCAGGAAGCGCAGGGAAGCGGCGCGCUAGGGUUGCAGAGCAACCCAGAAGUCCAGGCACCUGCAGGGGACAACAUGGACACAGAGGCACCCGCAGGAGGGCCACUUGGGUCGGAGAGUGAGCCCCAGGGUGGAGGGGAAAGCAGCCCUCAGCCCCAGGAUGAGGCGAUUGAGAUUGUAGCCGCAGAGAUCGGAGGGCACGAGUCCCGGGAGCUGGCGGGCGCUUCGGCUGCAGACACCGCGGGGGAAGGGGAGACCCUAGGGAAAGACGGGUCCGAGGAAGCAGCUUCCGAGGAUGCGAGAGUAGAUGCUCAUGAGAAUGGGGACCAGGGCAGGCUCCAGGAGGAGACCGGGGAGGAAGAAGCAAGGCCAGAACCCGAGUUGAAGGAACCCUGCGAGGGGGCCAUCCAAGAGAAGCCCCCCGACGGCAGCCUUGAUGGAGAGGAGGCCAAAUCCACCGGGCACGAGGAGGAAUCCCAGGCAGAGCUCAGCAACCACUUAGCUGAGGAGCCCAGCGGCCAGGGUGGAGAAGAGUUGGGGCGAGUGAAUGGCCGCAGGGAGAAUGGCCCAGCAUUGGAGGAGGGGGAUCCGGGACAGGAGCACGACAUCACCCUCUUCGUCAAGGCUGGUUAUGACGGCGAGAGCAUCGGAAACUGCCCAUUUUCACAGCGUCUCUUUAUGAUCCUCUGGCUAAAGGGUGUUAUAUUCAAUGUGACAACGGUGGACCUAAAACGGAAGCCUGCAGACCUUCAGAACCUGGCUCCUGGGACGAACCCUCCUUUCAUGACUUUUGAUGGUGAAGUCAAGACAGAUGUGAAUAAAAUUGAGGAGUUCUUAGAGGAGAAGUUAGUUCCCCCGAGGUACCCUAAGCUGGGAACUCAGCACCCUGAGUCCAACUCAGCGGGAAAUGAUGUUUUUGCCAAAUUCUCAGCAUUUAUUAAAAACACCAAGAAGGAUGCAAAUGAGAUUUAUGAAAAGAACCUACUACGGGCCCUGAAGAAGCUGGACUGUUACUUAAACAGCCCGCUGCCAGACGAAAUAGAUGCUGACAGUUCAGAGGAUGUCACUGUUUCACAAAGGAAGUUUCUGGAUGGCGAUGAGCUCACACUGGCCGACUGUAACCUCUUACCCAAGCUCCAUAUCAUUAAGAUUGUGGCCAAGAAAUACAGAGAUUUUGAGUUUCCUUCUGAAAUGACUGGCAUUUGGAGGUACUUGAAUAAUGCUUACGCCCGGGAUGAAUUCACUAACACGUGUCCAGCCGACCGGGAGAUUGAACACGCGUAUUCCGAUGCAGCGAAAAGGAUGAAGUGAGGCUGGCUUGCGGCAGAUGAGUGGGCGGACCUUCCAGGAGAGCCCUCUGUUUCUUCCCUGAAACAGCUCUUUUGCAAAAUAGCGCUGACUCUCUAAAUGCCACCAUAGGAUGCAGGGCCUUGGCGAUUUGUCUACUCAUUCCUCCUACGCUAAUUUAUAUCUUUGGGAUUCAGUUCUCCUGUAAUCCAUGUUUAGGGCGAUAGUGUUUUGUAGCUUGUUUCACGGCAAACAGGCUUUGACUUAAGUUCUUGGCAUUUUAAAGAGGUUAGUCUUUCUUUGAUAGUUUUCAUAAUCACAUGGCUUGUUUUUCUCUUCUCAAGUAUCAGUUUAAAAUGGAGAUGCUGUUUUAUACUUAUAGAAUGCUUUAGAACAGUAUUAGAGGGUAUGAAGAAGAAAGUUUUUAAAAUCACAUAAAAUUCUAUAUAUUUUCUGAUGACAAUUUGAUGAAUAUUUCCAGAACCGGCCAAUCUUUCAUGUAUGCCUGUGCUCAUACAUACUCGUGAGUGCACAUACAUCACAUAUAAUUUCAUUCAUCCGUGGAAUGGCAUUUGUGUAAGAAGGCAAUGAAGGUAUCUUCUGGUUCCUUAAAGGUUAUCACAGAAGACUUAAAACAAAGGAUUUAGCCCUGCUGAGCCACACAGGGGUUGUAGAGCCUCUUGCAGAACCAUGGGACAGCGGGACCUAGGGUAAUGAGACCAGGGUAUCUUGCUUCUGCUUUAAGGAUGUUGUUGCUCUGAACCCAGGUGUGGAGGAGAGGGUUCCCCGUGCCUUUGGAACCCACUCUUCUCACUCCCCCAGAGGGACUGUGCUUUCAUGGGGACUCUUCCUGUCAGCUCUGGCUUGGAGACUCUCCCUGCCUUACAUCACAGUGUAAGCCUACAAGUCCUGCUCAUGUCAGUGCUUCGGUGAAGAUGGUGUACCCGAGGCUAGCUCAUUCACGUCUUCUUUCUAUCUCAUUGCUGUUCUUUCUAUGUCAACCUGAGGCGAAGCAGGAAAACUGAAUUCCAGAUGAAAAUCCGGAAAGUCCCACUCUUAAGCUGUUCUGGAAAAAUGGUCCUUUCCUGAGAAGUUGAGGAGUUUCUGGUGUGCUUGUGGCAUUCCCUCCAUCAUCCUUGGGGCCACCCUUGGUCAUAGUGAGGCCUGUUCCAGCCUAACCAUGAAUGAGGAAAUGUGAGCUUGCAAGCUCUGCAAGGCUUGUCCCUUCACCACCAUACACCCUACAGGAAACAUCUCUUGUACACUUGGCUACAGCGCUGGGCUCUGGAACCUCAUGCUUCAUAGGCACUUGGGUGAGGGUGCCAGUAAGAUCCCGAGAUUAGGUGAAGAAAUAUCUCGAAAGGAAACGAAGUCCAAUAUGGUGGCCACUACAUUUUCUUGUUUCUUGGAAGCUGUGGCUUCAGUCCAAUCGUCUGUUUCUUUGUCACCCAAAGAAGGUUUUCAGGGUUCUGUCUAGCCUGUCCCAUCCUGGUCCAGCACCUCUGUAGGAGUCACCUUGUUAAGCUCUUGUGACAUUCAAACUUGGUAAAUGAGUUGAUGGUUGGGAGUUAGUUAUGUUAAUUUUGUUCUUUUAGAUAUUAAAAUGAUCACAAGCGAUGUGCCUUACAAAUUAAACAUUCUCAAUCAA